CUUGCAUUUAUUAAAAUAAAAACCUAUCGACUUUCAAGUUUCAACGCUGAACUAAUAAUUUUAAAUAAUUUUCUAAAAAAAUGUCAUUUUUCGGCGAUCUACGUCAUACACCUGCCGCCACGAAACCACCCGGGAUAGUCACCGCGAGUGGUGGCGCUGAUCCUAGGGUUCCUCUGCUCAACCUCUCCGCCGUGCGAGAGCGGGUGGACUCCCUGCACAAGUUCCUCUGCGACUCGGUUAACAGCAACACUCUUCUCGGCAAGCACGAGACGGACAGGGUCUCAGCCGAGAUCACCGCCGCCAUCCACCAGAUUAUCGUCAACGGCGUUGCGCUUCUCGCCACCACUCAAGCGGCGGACGGAACUGAUUCCAAAUGCUCUAACCAAACGUCACCUAGUAAGCUACUGUGUUCGGAAACUGGUCUCCUUGCGCCGAAGGAGCGUGCCGGCGGCGAGGAUUCCGAGAUCAUCGAGCUGGACGCGGUGGAGCUGCUGGCGGAGCAUAUUCAUUUCUGCGAGAUAUGCGGAAAAGGAUUCAAGCGAGACGCGAAUCUCCGGAUGCACAUGCGAGCUCACGGGAACCAAUUCAAGACGCCGGAGGCAUUAGCGAAGCCGCCGGAAAAAUGCUCCGAAACGAUCCCGGGUCGACCCGCACUGUUCUCCUGCCCGUUCCCAGGUUGUUCACGCAACAAAUCGCACAACAAAUUCCGGCCCCUCAAGUCCGCAAUCUGCGUGAAGAAUCACUUCAAGAGAAGCCAUUGCCCGAAGAUGUACUCCUGUAACAGGUGCAACAAGAAGAGCUUCUCAGUAAUGGCGGAUUUGAAGAGCCAUAUGAAGCACUGCGGAAUAUCCAAAUGGAAAUGCUCGUGCAGAACCAGUUUUUCACGCAAGGAUAAACUGUUCAGCCACAUAGCCUUAUUCGAGGGCCACAUGCCCACAGUCGAGGAAGCGGCGGACAUGGCAGCGCCGCCGGCGCGUGAGGUAGAGGAGGGUAUAGCAAACAAGGAUACAGAAAUGGCUGAGAAUUCUCAGACAGAUAACAGUUUAUUGGACAGAUUGCUCGAUGACUUCAAUUCAAUUGAGAAUUUCUGCUUCCAAGAUCCUUUGUUCUCUGCAUCUCCUAUGAUGGAUAAUUUCUUUAGCUUUUGAUUUUGCAGGAGCAUCUCUAUAUGAUCUCCAUUAAUAUGAAUCUUUGUUAAGUGUACAUAUUAAUUGGUUCUGUUAAUAAAAUGGUGUUCUUUGUCAGAUGGUAUC